GGGUGGGGUGGGACGGCCCGCGGCCUCUGAGCUAGUGCGACGCGGCCGGGCGGUGCGGUGCCUUCCGCCCUCUGCAGCUGUCUGCAUAUUUUUUCUUUCUUUUAUCGCAAUUUUGAACAUUUAACAAGACGAGGGAUUCGAAGCAAGUGAGAGCAUCCUGCACGUCGUGGAGGAGCCCGCGGGCACUUGGCGCGCUCUCUGGGGACUGCAUUGGGAACCCGAAAGUUUUUUGUUUUUAUAUUUUUACGCAGAUGUAUUUAUAAAGACAUAAGUAUUUUUUUUUUCUUCCCUGUCUGCACCGCCUUGAAAGCGAGAACUUUUGGCAAAGGACGGAGGAAAACGCUCAGCAACAUUUUUGGGGGAGGUUGGGGUUGUUUUUUUUUUUUUUUAAGAAAAAAAAAUAUUGAGUGCAUCGCGAUGGAGAAAAUGUCCCGACAGCUCCCACUGAAUCCCACCUUUAUCCCGCCUCCCUACGGCGUGCUCAGGUCCUUGCUGGAGAACCCGCUGAAGCUCCCCCUUCAUCACGAAGACGCAUUUAGUAAAGAUAAAGACAAGGAAAAGAAGCUGGAUGAUGAGAGUAAUAGCCCGACGGUCCCCCAGUCAGCAUUCUUGGGACCCACCUUAUGGGACAAAACUCUUCCCUAUGACGGAGAUACUUUCCAGUUGGAAUACAUGGACCUGGAGGAGUUUUUGUCGGAAAAUGGCAUUCCCCCCAGCCCGUCUCAGCAUGACCACAGCCCUCACCCUCCCGGGCUACAGCCGGCUUCCUCAGCUGCCCCCUCCGUCAUGGACCUCAGCAGUCGGACCUCUGCACCCAUUCACCCUGGCAUCCCAUCCCCCAACUGUAUGCAGAGCCCCAUCAGACCAGAUGCAUAUGCCACCUGCUGCUUCGUAGGACAGGCCACCCGUGGGAAGCCCCCUCUCACUGAGAAGGAUGCCCAGAACCUUGGGGACCCGGAUGCAGUCUCCUACCAGUCACCUGGUGAAGCUUAUGCUUACUCUGCAGAAGGGAGGUGGCAGAAACCCAUUCCACCUGGAAGCCAGCUGUUGCCAGCCAACCGCAAUACUCCGAGCCCCAUUGACCCUGACACCAUCCAGGUCCCGGUGGGCUAUGAGCCAGACCCGGCCGACCUUGCCCUCUCCAGCAUCCCCGGGCAGGAAAUGUUUGACCCUCGCAAACGCAAGUUCUCUGAGGAAGAACUGAAGCCACAGCCCAUGAUUAAGAAAGCUCGCAAAGUCUUCAUCCCAGAUGAUCUGAAGCAGGACGACAAGUACUGGGCGCGGCGCCGGAAGAACAACAUGGCGGCCAAGCGCUCGCGUGAUGCGCGGCGCCUCAAGGAGAACCAGAUCGCCAUCCGCGCGUCCUUCCUGGAAAAGGAGAACUCGGCGCUGCGCCAGGAGGUGGCCGACCUGCGCAAGGAGCUGGGCAAGUGCAAGAACAUCCUGGCCAAGUACGAGGCCCGGCACGGGCCCCUGUAGGCCGGCGUCCGCGGGCGGCCUCAGGCCCCGGACAGGGGUCUCCUGGUUGAUUGCACCGCACCUACCGACCUUCCUGACAUCAGCACUUUACCAGAUGCAUCAACAGGACGGACUCACAUUUUGGCGUGGGUGUGUGUAUGUGCUUGUGCUUAUGUGUGGUCAACGGGUGUGUGUGUGUGUGUGUGUGUGUGUGUGUGUGUGUGUGUGUGCGCGCGCGUCUGCGCGCGUCCCUUUGCACUUGCCAUUUUGAUAGCCCUCCAUCGUCUUUUAGUUCCAAAAUGAAAGGUGCCAUGUUUUUACUGGACUGUGGAGACCUCUCGUGGGUUUCCUGACCCCCUUCCUCCUCCACUCCUGUCCUUUCCGCGUGGCUUCAUGUUGGCACUUACCUACUUUUCCAGGACCCUUUGGUUGGGCUCACUAAGAAGGGCCCUGGUGAAAUAGUAGAUCUUGGUUUUCAAGACCACAGGCUCUUGUUUCUGUUUAAUCUGUAAGUUACCAUGCUAAUAAGGUGCACAGAAUAAUUUAGCACUACACUGCAGCUCCAUUCAGUUACAGGUUGCUUCCCUCCUAUCUUCAGUUUUGGUGAUAAUCGUCUUCAAAUUUAAAGUGCUGUUUAGAUUUAUUAGAUCCCAUAUUUACUUACUGCUGUCUACUAAGUUUCCUUUUAACUCUACCAACCCCGGCAAGUAAGAGUACUAUUAUAGAACACAGAGUGUGUUUUUGCACUGUCUGUACCUAAAGCAAUAAUCCUAUUGUACGCUAGAGCAUGCUGCCUGAGUAUUACUAGUGGACGUAGGAUAUUUUCCCUACCUAAGAAUUUCACUGUCUUUUAAAAAACAAAAAUUACAGUAAUGCAUUUGAGCAUGACCAGAACAUCCCCAGGACAGAGAAGCAGAGGGAAAUGCCAGGUCUAAGAACGAGGGGUUAACUUAUCAGUAUACAGCCAAAAAAAUGCAUCUUGGAACAGUUUUUGACAUUGAUGUGUUUGCUUUUGUUUUCUCCUCUUUCCCAUACCCUUAGCCCCCAGUUUUCUAGUUAACUUUUUCCACAUCCCUCUUGAUAUUCAAUACAAUUCAAUUAAGAUUCAGUUUUCCCCAUUUUUUGUAAUAUAUAUGUUUUUGUGAAUUAUACCUUGUCGUUUUUAAAGAUCAGUCAGUUAAGUUAAUAAGUUGAUGUUUUGUAAAACCCUUUUUCCUAGUGGUGUCAUUUUUGAAUGCUUCAUAAAUUAAUGAUUUUGGAGCUUAUGUUUCUUAUUCUCUGUUUGCUUUUGAACGUAUGUGCUCUUAUAAAAUGGACUUCUGAAAAAUGAAUGUAAAAGACACUGGUGUAUCUCAGAAGGGGAUGGUGUUGUCACAAACUGUGGUUAAUCCAAUCAAUUUAAAUGUUUACUGUAGACCAAAAGGAGAGAUUAUUAAAUUGUUUAAUGUUUAUACAGAGUAAUUAUAGGAAGUUCUUUUUGUACAGUAUUUUUCAGAUAUAAAUACUGACGAUGUAUUUUGGAAGACAUAUAUUAUAUAUAGCAAAGAGAAAAGGAAAACUAUUCCAUGUUUUAAAAUUAUAUAGCAAAGAUAUAUAUUCAUCAAUGUUGUACAGAGAAGAAGUGCUUGGGUGUUUUUGAAGUCUUUAAUAUUUUAAGCCUAUCACUGACACAUCAGCAUGUUUUCUGCUUUAAAUUAAAAUUUUACAACAGUAUCGAAGCUUGCUGUGACAAAUUCUGCUCUAAAACAUCAAAGGAGCUUUCUUAUUUCCUAUUAGGUCUCAGAAAGAAGUCAGUUAACAUCACCCAAAAGCACAAAAUGGAUGUUAGUCAAAUAUUUAUUGGAUGAUACAGUGUUUUUUAGGCAAAGCAUCUGCCACAAAAAUGUUCACUUCAAAAUUAUGAGUUCCUGGAAUGGAACAUCACUGCAAGCAUCCCAAACAAUUCUGUUCUCCUCUGUGAGCACGUGCAUCGUACGCAGUAUAAGGUUAAUAUUGGUGCUAUGUGUAUGGUUUAUAAUUUGAUAGAUGUUUUGACUUUAAAGACGAUUGUUCUUUUGUUUCACUAACUUGUGUCGAGAGAUUCUGCUGUUGUUGCAAAGAAACAUUUUCCGCAAGAUUAAAAUACCCUUUAAUCAGUGGGAUUUUCUAGUU